UAGGGGGAGGGCCAGUGGGGGAGCAGGCAAAUAAGGAGCGAGUGCGUGGAGCCGCCCCGCUACUAGCCCCACCGCCUCCACCGCCUCCGCCGUGCCGAGUCCCCGACCUCCGCUCCGCUCUUGCAGCCGACAGUCGAUCCCCGAUAUUGUGCCGACUGCAAAGCCCACGCAACCAUGUCUGCAAAAGCAGUGCUGGAGGUGACCGGCAAGGAGCUGCUGUACAAACACCUCGACAGUGUGGCCUCGGUGCAAAAUAAAUUUCGCUAUGCAACGGUUUGCCCAGAUACGAACUGGGAUAAGCUGAUCCAGCAGCACUCUUGGCUAAUCACACAGCGGCUGGUGGUGAAGCCAGAUCAGCUCAUCAAGCGGCGUGGGAAGCUUGGGCUCGUUGGGGUCAACCUGGACCUAAAGGGCGUGCGGGAUUGGCUGAAACCACGCAUGGGCAAGGAAGUGCAGGUUGGCGCAGCAAAAGGAAUUUUGAAGAAUUUUGUCAUUGAACCAUUUGUACCACAUAAGCAGGAGGAAGAGUUCUAUGUUUGUGUGUAUGCAACUCGGGAGGGUGACGUGGUGCUGUUUCACCACGAGGGCGGGGUAGAUGUCGGCGACGUGGAUACCAAGGCUCUGCGUUUGCUAGUGGGGGUGGAGGGUGGCCUCACUGCUGACAGUGUCAAGGCGCGACUCUUGCAAAAUGUACCUGCAAAGCGCAAAGAGCUUUUGGCAAAAUUUAUAGCUGGACUUUUUAAGGUUUAUGAAGAUCUUUUUUUCACCUACCUGGAAAUCAAUCCUUUAGUUGUGACGGACAAUGGAGUGUAUGUGCUGGACAUGGCUGCGAAGAUUGAUGCCACCGCUGACUACCUCUGCAAGACCAAGUGGGGAGACAUUGAUUUCCCUCCUCCCUUUGGCCGAGAAGCCUACCCAGAGGAAGCUUAUAUUGCCGAGCUGGAUGCCAAGAGUGGAGCGAGCCUCAAGUUAACCAUUCUGAACCCCAAGGGGCGUAUUUGGACCAUGGUUGCUGGCGGCGGGGCCUCGGUUGUUUACAGCGACACCAUCUGUGACCUGGGAGGGGUGCAGGAGCUAGCAAACUAUGGCGAGUACUCGGGAGCGCCCAGCGAGCAGCAAACCUACGACUACGCCAAGACCAUCCUCUCCCUCAUGACCCGCGAGAGGCAUGACGAUGGAAAAGUUUUGAUUAUCGGAGGAGGAAUUGCAAACUUCACAAACGUUGCUGCAACAUUCAAGGGCAUUGUGCGAGCAAUUACGGACUUCCAGACACGUUUGAAGGAGCACAGCGUCAGUGUGUUUGUACGCCGUGGAGGCCCCAACUUCCAAGAGGGCCUGCGUGUCAUGCGAGAAGUUGGGCGUACAACAGGGAUCCCCAUCCACGUGUUUGGCACAGAGACGCACAUGACUGCUAUUGUAGGCAUGGCUCUGGGACUCAAACCCAUCCCAGACAUGCUGCCGGCUGAUGCACACACUGCCAACUUCCUCCUCAACACAAGCACAAGUACCAGUUACACACCAGACACGAGUCGAAAGAGCUCCGCAUCAGAGGGCAACCAGAGCGUGGAGAGCAGUCGCAAAGGCAAGGCCGGCGACCACCCUGGGUCAGCUGCACCACCCGGCAAGCUGACCACACUCUUUGGAAAUCAAACCAAGUCAAUUGUGUGGGGAAUGCAAACACGUGCGGUGCAGGGCAUGCUGGACUUCGACUAUGUGUGCUCACGCAAAGAGCAUUCUGUCGCUGCCAUUGUGUACCCUUUUACUGGUGACCACAAACAGAAGUUCUACUGGGGCCACAAGGAAAUUCUGAUCCCUGUCUACAAGAAUAUGGCAGAAGCCAUGAGGCGACACUCGGAGGUGGAUGUGCUCAUAAACUUUGCAUCCCUUCGCUCGGCCUACGAUAGUACCGUGGAGACCAUGAGCUUCCCACAGAUCCACACAAUUGCCAUCAUAGCUGAAGGCAUACCAGAGGCUCUCACCCGGAGACUGAUUAAGAUGGCAGAUGCCAAGGGGGUGACCGUCAUCGGGCCUGCCACUGUGGGAGGCAUCAAGCCUGGCUGCUUCAAGAUUGGAAACACCGGUGGAAUGCUCGACAAUAUUCUCGCCUCCAAGCUGUACCGCCCGGGCAGCGUGGCAUACGUGUCGCGGUCCGGCGGCAUGUCUAACGAGCUCAACAACAUAGUGUCGCGCACCACAGACGGCGUCUACGAGGGCGUCGCCAUCGGCGGAGACCGGUAUCCUGGGUCAACCUUUUUGGAUCAUGUUUUGCGCUACCAAGAUACCCCAGAAGUCAAGAUGAUGGUUGUUCUUGGGGAGGUGGGAGGCAUGGAGGAGUACAAAAUCUGUCACGCUAUCAAGGAGGGCCGGGUGACAAAACCCAUCGUAGCCUGGUGCAUUGGCACAUGUGCCACAAUGUUUUCCUCUGAGGUCCAGUUUGGCCACGCGGGCGCCUGCGCGAAUCAGGACUCUGAGACGGCCGUUGCCAAGAACAAGGCUCUCGCUGAAGCUGGAGCCUUCUUACCCCGCAACUUUGACGAGCUAGGGGAGAAAAUUGGUGCUGUGUAUAACGACUUGGUGUCUCAAGGCGUGAUUGUGCCGGUGCCAGAGGUGCCCCCUCCCACCGUCCCCAUGGACUUCUCCUGGGCCCGGGAGCUGGGUCUCAUUCGUAAGCCAGCAUCCUUCAUGACGAGUAUCAGUGACGAGCGUGGACCCGAGCUUCUUUAUGCUGGCAUGGCCAUCACCGAGGUGUUCAAAGAAGAUAUGGGUCUGGGCGGCGUCCUGGGUCUGCUAUGGUUCCAGCGAAGGCUGCCAAAGUACGCCAGCAAAUUUAUUGAGAUGUGCCUGAUGGUGACGGCUGACCACGGACCUGCUGUUUCUGGAGCCCACAACACAAUAGUGUGUGCACGUGCUGGGAAAGACCUGGUGUCCAGCCUCACAUCAGGCCUACUCACCAUCGGUGACCGGUUUGGAGGGGCACUUGACGCAGCAGCUAAGCAGUUCAGCCACGCAUUUGACAGUGGCCUCAUCCCCAUGGAGUUUGUCAAUAAAAUGAAGAAGGAAGGACAACUCAUCAUGGGCAUUGGCCACCGUGUCAAAUCUAUCAAUAACCCAGACACACGAGUUCAAAUCCUGAAGGAGUUCGCGCAGCAGCACUUCCCGGCUACGCCGCUGUUGGACUACGCCCUGCAGGUGGAAAAGAUAACGACAUCUAAGAAACCAAACCUGAUCCUGAAUGUGGAUGGUCUCAUCGGUGUAGUCUUUGUCGACCUGUUGAGGAACUGUGACAGCUUCACAAGGGAAGAGGCCGAUGAAUACGUGGAAAUCGGUGCUCUCAAUGGAAUCUUUGUGUUGGGCAGAAGCAUGGGAUUCAUUGGUCACUUUCUGGAUCAGAAGAGGAUGAAGCAAGGACUGUACCGCCACCCCUGGGACGAUAUCUCCUACGUGCUGCCUGAACACAUGACCAUGUGAAAGUCCUGGUGCUUAACAAGCGCUGCAGCAGUCUAAAGUGUAUUGUCAAGCCUUUUCCUGUGACGUCUGACAUAAAUAUGUUUGUGCCAAAGUUUCGUGCAACAUUGCACGCUUACCAAUUUUAACUCUUCCACUCGCCAAUCUGAAUAUUAAACGCAUCAAAUAACCUUUCGUGCGAGUACAGUUUUGCGCAAGGAACUAUUGUGAGGUUUUAGUAACAAUUAAAAUCUUCGCGAACAUUCUGACAUUAAACAAGUGCUACGAUACAGUGUACCUUGUGAGUUACAGUGUUUAUAAUAUAAUUUUUUAUAGUUUUGUCUUCAACCUGUUGGUGUGCUGUAGUGUCACCAUGGUGAUCAAGGAAUACAUGUUAGUGCGUAAAUUAUGUAACGUAUAGAUCGUGUAAUGUGAAGUUGUCCACAUUGUGAAAUGGAGAAUAUUAUUUGGAGUAUAAUGCUGUGCACUGCAGGGAAAAAACAGUAGUUUGGUGAACUCGGUUUACAUGAUUCCCUUGUACUGCAUGGCACCAACUACUGCUAUGUUCAUUAACUGUCGUAUUUACAGAUCCCUUUGCCAUUUGUGUAAUCAUAUUGUAGUUUGUAUUGUGUAUAGUAUGCAGUACACUACAUAAAUGUGAUCAUUUGCUUCUUUAAAACACUGAUACUACACAUAUCCAAACAAAGCUGCUUUUAAUAUUGUCAUUUAAAAGGUUAACACUCAGCUUUUAAUAUUGUGAUUUAAAAAGUUUAACACUAAUUUACAUCGUUGUUUAUGUGUAACAACUGACUGCCAUAUCGACGUUAAACUGAAAUAUGUACCAAUAUAGCAACCGUGACAUAAAUUGUCCAUGUCUUGUUUCUUGUCCGUGAGUGUGUGAACUAGAAAAUGCCUGUGCUUAAAGCUUGAUUGGGGCAAACUAAUGUGCCAAUACACAUUAAAUACUGUACUGUCACAAAUAAUA